GGUGCCAGGCCCCUGGCUCUGCCGCGCUUCCGGGCGCCGAUCCAGUGAUGAAUUCCCUCCCCAGCUGCUACCAGAAUGCAGAAGGUCUCAGUGCUGCUCUUCCUGGCCUGGGUCUGCUUCCUCUUCUAUGCCGGCAUAUCCCUCUUCACCAGUGGCUUUCUGCUCACCCGUCUGGAGCUCACCAAUCAUAGCAGCUGCCAAGAGCCCCCAGGCCCUGAGCCCCUGCCUUUGGGGCACCGAGGGGAGCCCGGGGCUUGCUGGAUGGCUUCCCGUUUCUCCCGGGUUGUGUUGGUGUUGAUAGAUGCUCUGCGUUUCGACUUUGCCCAGCCCCAAAGUUCACACAUGCCUGGGGAGCCUUCUGCAUCCCUGCCUUUCUUGGGCAAACUGAGUUCCUUGCAGAGGAUCCUGGAGAUUCAGCCCCACCGUGGCCGGCUCUACAGAUCUCAGGUUGACCCUCCCACCACCACCAUGCAGCGCCUCAAGGCCCUCACCACUGGCUCACUGCCUACCUUUAUUGAUGCUGGCAGUAACUUUGCCAGCCACGCCAUAGUGGAAGACAAUCUCAUUAAGCAGCUCACCGGUGCAGGAAGGCGUGUGGUCUUCAUGGGAGAUGAUACCUGGAAAGACCUUUUCCCCGGAGCUUUCUCCCAAGCUUUUUUCUUCCCAUCCUUCAAUGUCAGAGAUCUGCACACAGUGGACAAUGGCAUCCUGGAACACCUCUACCCCACCAUGGACAGUGGUGAAUGGGAUGUGCUGAUUGCUCACUUCCUGGGUGUGGAUCACUGUGGCCACAAGCAUGGCCCUCACCACCCUGAGAUGGCCAAGAAACUUAGCCAAAUGGACCAGGUGAUCCAGGGCCUUGUGGAGCGUCUGGAGAAUGACACACUGCUGGUGGUGGCUGGGGACCACGGGAUGACCAUGAAUGGGGACCAUGGAGGGGACAGUGAGCUGGAGGUCUCGGCUGCACUUUUUCUGUAUAGCCCCACAGCCCUCUUCCCCAGCGUCCCGCCAGAGGAGCCAGAGGUGGUUCCUCAAGUCAGUCUUGUGCCCACACUGGCCCUACUUCUGGGCCUACCUAUUCCAUUUGGGAACAUCGGGGAGGUGAUGACUGAGCUGUUUUCAGGAAACAAGGACUCCCAGCCCCACACUUCUGCUAUGGCCCAAGCCUCAGCUCUCCAUCUCAAUGCCCAGCAGGUGUCCCGAUUUCUUCACACCUACUCAGCCGCUACUCAGGACCUCCAAGUUAAGGAGCUUCAGCGGCUGCAGAGCCUCUUCUCCAAGGCCUCUGCUGACUACCAGAGGCUUCUGCAGAGCCCUCAGGGGGCUGAGGCAGCACUGCAGGCUGUGAUAGCUGAGCUGCAACAGUUCCUGCGGGGAGCUCGGGCCAUGUGCAUCGAGUCUUGGGCUCAGUUUUCUCUGGUCCGCAUGGCAGGGGGUGCCACUCUUUUAGCUGCUGCCUGCUUUUUCUGCCUGCUGGCAUCCCAGUGGGCAACAUCCCAAGGUUUCCCUUUCCACUCUCACAGGUUAUCUGUGGCCUGGGGUCUGGCUGGGACCAUAAUAUAUGCUGGACUUCUGGCAACUGCUGGGCUGAAGCUGGAUCCAGUGGUCCUAGGGGCUGUGGCGGCAGUGGGCUCACUCCUGCCUUUUCUGUGGAAGGCUUGGGCUGGCUGGGGGGCCAGAAGGCCCCUGGCAGCCCUACUUCCCAUCCCUGGGCCUGUCCUACUUCUCCUGCUCAUUCGCUGGGCUGCAUUUUUCUCUGAUAGUUUUGUUAUAGCUGAGGCCAGGGCCACCCCCUUCCUUCUGGGCUCACUCAUCUUGCUCCUCGUUGCCCAACUUCACUGGGAGGGUCAGCUGCUGCCACCUAAGCUGCUUGCAAUACCCCGCCUUGGCCCUUCGACCCCAGCAGUUCCCCCACGGCACAAUGGCAUGCAUGCCCUGGGGCUUGGGGUCGGGUUGCUUUUAUGUACAAGGCUAGCUGGGCUCUUUCAUCGCUGCCCUGAAGAGACACCUGCUUGCCGCUCCUCUCCCUGGCUGAGUCCUCUGGCUACCAUGGUGGGUGGUCGAGCCAAGAAUUUGUGGUAUGGUGCUUGUGUGGGAGCACUGGUGGCCCUGUUAGCUUCUGUGCGCCUGUGGCUUCGCCGCUAUGGUAAUCUCAAGAGCCCCGAGCCCCCUGUGCUCUUUGUGCGCUGGGGGCUGCCCCUCAUGGCCCUGGGUAUUGCUGCCUACUGGGCAUUGGCAUCAGGGGCAGAUGAAGCACCCCCACGUCUCCGGGCCCUGGUUGCUGGGGCAUCAGUUGUGCUGCCUCGGGCUGUGGCAGGGUUGGCCGCUUCAGGUCUCAUGCUGCUGCUCUGGAGGCCUGUGACGGUGCUGGUGAAGGCUGGGAUGGGUGCCCCAAGGACCAGGACUGUCCUCACUCCCUUCUUAGGCCCCCCCACUUCUCAGGCUGACCUGGAUUACGUGGCCCCUCAAAUCUACCGACACAUGCAGGAGGUGUUCCGGGGCCAGUUAGAGAGGAACAACUCUCAGGGCCCCCUGACUGUGGCUGCUUAUCAGUUGGGGAGCGUCUACUCAGCUGCUAUGGUCACGGCCCUCACCCUGUUGGCCUUCCCACUUCUGCUGUUGCAUGCAGAGCGUGUCAGUCUUGUGUUCCUGCUUCUGUUUCUGCAGAGCUUCCUUCUCCUGCAUCUGCUUGCUGCUGGGAUACCCAUCACCACCCCUGGUCCUUUUACUGUGCCAUGGCAGGCGGUUUCUGCUUGGGCCCUCAUGGCCACACAGACCUUCUACUCCACAGGCCACCAGCCUGUCUUUCCAGCCAUCCAUUGGCAUGCAGCCUUCAUAGGAUUCCCAGAAGGUCAUGGCUCCUCCAUCUGGCUGCCUGCUUUUCUGGUGGGAGCCAACACCUUUGCCUCCCACCUACUAUUUGCAGUAGGUUGCCCAUUGCUCCUGCUCUGGCCCUUCCUGUGUGAGAGUCAUGGGCCCCAGAAGAGGCGGCAGACCCCAAGGAAUGAAGCUGAGACCAGAGUCAGGCCUGAGGAGGAGGAGGAGGAGGAGCCACUGAUGGAGAUGCGGCUACGAAAUGCACCUCACCACUUCAGUGCAGCGCUGCUGCAGCUGGGCCUCAAGUACCUCUUUGUCCUUGGUGUUCAGAUUCUGGCCUGUGCCUUGGCAGCCUUCAUCCUCCGCAGACAUCUCAUGGUCUGGAAGGUGUUUGCCCCCAAGUUUAUUUUUGAGGCGGUGGGCUUCAUUGUGAGCAGCGUGGGACUUCUCCUGGGCAUAGCUUUGGUGAUGCGAGUAGAUGGUGCUGUGAGCUCCUGGUUCAAACAGCUAGUUCUGGCCCAGCAGAGGUAGCUUUGGCUGCAGGAGCUGGCUCCUGACCACUGAGAGAGCUGGAGAACAAUAUAGCCUGGCCAGUAUGGAUGCUGGAUCAUCUGCAAGAGAUGCUUUGCUACACCUCUUACCACCAUGCAGCCAGAGGCUGCUGGCAUUUGGGACUUCACUAUUUUAUAAUUCAGACUCACUGACUCCUGUCCCUGACUCAGAUCCCUGACUCCUGUCUUAGAUGCAUGUGAGGGACUGUGAGGUGGUCUCCAAAGUGGAAUAAAAUAAUUACAUAAAUAUGUGUGUCUGAGAUGUGGGGGCACCCCUACUAUUCCCAUAGGGGUUGAGGGGAGGUGAGUCUCCCCUCCAACCAGGCACUGUUGUUUUAUCUAGGCCUGCUACACCUGAGAACCUUUGGGAAAUGGCUGGAGUUAGCUGAUUUCACUGCCCCUACCUCUUCCCAAAUCACUCCUAUUAUCUUACAUGCCAUUUUUCUUUGCCAUGCAACACAUUUUAUUAAGUUCCUAUGCUUUGGCUGAUAACAGAGCUAUGGGGAAGGCUGGAAAGACAAGCCUAGGCAUCAUGGAGCACACAGACUUGAGGGGGAAAAGACUUUUUAUCAUGCAGUGAGGCACUAGUAGGGAGAAUUUCUGUGGGACCAGUUCCCACCUUUAGGUUCUUCCACCUUUUCUCUUGUGGUCCCUUAAUCCUAGUCUCAGCCUCUUCUAGAAGUCCUGGGCAUCAUUAUCCUAAUGCCGUUCCCAAUCAUUAGGGCUUUCAUUAUUACUCCUUUCACUGUCUGAAGCCCCAAAUAGUGCUGUGUCCCCUCCUCUGCUGUGUCCUUUCACUCCAGAACACCCCUUGCCCUUCUGUUCUUCAGAGGCUUCCCUAGCUUCCCAGCCUGUGCUGCCGUUAUUAGACCUACUUGUCCAUCUUAGACAGAAUUCCACCUUGUCCCAUUGAUUAUUCCUGACUUGAAGCCAAAACUGUUAAUCUACUGCUCCUGCCAUGCAGGCUGGCAUGAAACCGUUUUUGAGAUGUCUGUCAAAGGAGUUCAGAAGAGGCUCUGGAGAGCUGGGUUAAGACUAGGGUUUGAGGCUUGAGAGUGCCCAGGGCAGAAGAUGAGACCACUGAAGUAGAGGACAGAUGCUAGAACCGUGGGGCAGCACCUGCCUUUGAACAGGCAGAAGGAAAAAGAAGCCAAGUAGCAGUCACUGCUAUGGUAGCUAAGGGAUGAGUUCAAAUUAAAUUACUAAUGACCAAUAGUCCCAAGUGCUACAGAGGUCAAAUAGAAAGAUGAAGAAAAGUGUGUGCUGUUUCAGGCAGUUAGAGGGUCGGUCAUUGGUGACCCUGGUGGAAACAUUUAAUAAUGCAGGGGGAGAAGUUAGGCCCCAGCUGGUUUGUAAGAAGAAUUAGAAAAAGCCCGCCGCCUGCUCCGUAUCUGCUUCUGGUGGCACAGUUCCC